CAUUCACACCAAAGCUGCUAGCAAAUACAGAAGAGAGCAGUUGAUCCCUGCAGCUACCAAGUUAUUGAAAAUGAAGCGAGAGUUUGGAUCUCUCCCUGCACAAAAGGAAGAGCAAGCAGAGGGAGAUGGGGUGCUUUGUGCAGUGUCAUAUGAUGCCGUCCCUCUACAAGCUGUACCAGCACCGCAGCUUCUGGUGAAGUUCGUUCCUGGAGAAAAUUAUGGACUGCCCGAGGGAUGGGCUGUGGAGGAAAAGCCACGGACCACUGUUAAAGGCCGCAGCCGAGAAGACAAGUUUUGCCAUCAUAUUCCAACUGGAAAGCGAUUCCGAUCACUCAGCGAUGCAAAGAAGUGGAUCAAGGAAGAAACUACAGGAGGGCAGGCACAUGGAAAAUCUAAAGAUGGUCAUGAGAGUUCUAAACCCGCGCAAAAUAGUACUACAAGAAGAAGGAGAAAAGCAACUCAGAUUCCCGAUCUAACGAAGAAUCGAUGGCUCGAAACUUUUUUAUCUGAGGCAGCUGCCAACCUUCGAAAUUUAUGAAGCAUAUUGUUUUUUCUGCAUGUUGAUAAUUCGUAUGAAUAACUGCCAAAAGCUAUGUUUCUGGCUUGCCCAUGUUCAUAGCCAAAUAUAAACCAAUAUAAAAAUAGAACCUUACUCUUUCGAACGUUCAAUGGCUCUAUCGUUAUUGUCUUCAAUAACUAUAUUUACCCCUUCUCUUUUUAUGAGUUCAAUGUAUGAUUGAAUCAAUUGG